CUCGAACUGUCGAGCUAUGAUAGUUCCCGAGUUACCGCCGGCUCUACGCAAGGCUGUGCAGCUUGUUCAGAGCUUCAGUCGAUGUCGCGUGACACAUGAUAUUUGGAAGUCCAAUCAGUGUCGAAUGUUUAACAAAAGGCCGGAGCAGACUAAGAGCAACGACAAUAAGAAGCCACGACCAAAAACAGAGCCGAUUCCGAAGAUCACGCUCUUGUCGCUGGACAACUCGACCACUGUGACUGUGCUGGAAGUGGCUCAGCGUUUGGCGAAACGGCGCAACCUUACUCUCAUUAAAGUCAGCGAGCUCGAAGAUAAGACGCAACGACCGCUCUAUAAAUUAAUGAACAACGCCAACAUUUUCGAGGAGAUCAAAGAGGAUAAGGACGCGCAGAAGUUGAGAAAAGGCACUAAAUUAUUCUACAUAGCCGCAAAGAUCACUGAACAUGAUCUAUGGACGAAGACGAAGAACAUGAUGAAAUUGUUGAACAUGGGCCACAAAGUCAAAGUUGCCAUCACUCUGGACGCUGCCGACGGAAGUAAGGUGCAAAGAACCAUCGAGAAUGCUGUAAGAAAUGAUGGCAGUAUCCAACGAAUGCCAUCAAGGAAGAACGUAAUUUUACUCUUAAUAAAUCCUUUACAUAAGAAUAAAAAUGUUUCUGUAAAUAAUAAAGAUGAGAAUGACAACUCCAGUAUAGCUAAUAAUGAAAGAGGUACAUGAGAUUGUUGUUGAAUAGUAUAAAUAUAGACAGAUGAAAUUAAAAUUUAUCGCUGUUGAC